GGAUAUGAAUCCUUGCGCUAUUUCAAGUGUUGUGAUCACAUAGUUUGUCUGCAAAUCCUACCUUUCAAGUUACAAAGAUAAUCCGCGUGAUUAUCAAUCAGUUAUUUGCGAUACUAAAUUUGUUAUGUACACACUAUUACGUGGUUUGUGGCGUUAUCUAUCACAAAAGGAUGAAUUUUCUGUCUUGAUCUUGGGAUUAGAUGGUGCCGGGAAAACAGUAAUUCUGUGAAUGUUUUUGUUUCUAUAAACAAAUAAAAAUGAAUUCAGACGUAUCUGGAGCAAGCUAAAAUCAAUUUUGUUCCAAAUUACAAAUCAAUUCCAAUGCAAAAGAUCACCACUACUGUCGGUUUAAACAUUGGAUUUAUCGAGGUCGAUGGGAUUCGACUUAAGUUUUGGGAUCUUGGUGGGCAAGAGGAACUUCAGUCCUUAUGGGACAAGUAUUAUGCUGAGUCAAACGGUAUUAUUUUUGUCGUUGACUCUGCAGAUCCUGAACGUUUUGAGGAAUCAAGAGAUGCUUUUGAUAAAAUGGUUAGGAAUCCUGUGCUGGAUGGUGUACCUUUACUUGUUUUGGCCAAUAAACAAGAUUUGAAGAAUGCAUUCCAUCUCUCCGAAAUCAACAAAAUCUUUUAUGACAGUUUACGUUUGGUCGGGCAACGUCAGUGUACAUUCCAUGGUGUUAGUGCACUCAACGGGGAGGGGAUAAGCAGUAGUAUCAAGUGGAUGGUUGACAAGGUGAAGGCUAACGCUGAACACAGACCACCCAAACAACUGGAGAUGGCGUAA